AUAAGGAUCAUCUAAUAGCAAUAAUUGCAAAAUAUUUCAAUACAUAACAGCACUUCUGUAAAAAGUUAUAGAUCAUAUCCCAUUAUGCCCCGCCGUUCCGUUAUGCCCCGGGUUUCCCUAUAUCACACAUAGUAUGAGCACUUUAAUAUUAACUUUAAGUUUUUAAAUAAUAAACGCAUAUACAUAUAUUGUUAUAAACAUCAUUAUAUCAACUUGUACGUUUGUAACAAUUUGUACUGUUAUUAAAAAAUGUAGUAAAAAAUUGUACUAAGCGAGAGAAUGGUAUAGAAUUAAUUUUUCUUUUUAAAGAAUUAAUUUACUUAAUAUAAUUUUAGAAAAUCUCUGAAAAACAGCCUCCUAAUGUGGUUUCUCCCCUUAAAAGACUUCAGCAUGGUUUUGCAGCACUGCAAGUACAACAUAUACGCAGACGAUAUGCUGAUCUAUGCUCACAGUGAUCCCCAAUAGCUACAUGACACUGUGCACAAGAUCAACGAAGACAUAAACAGACUAGUCAAGCGGGCAAUUGAAAACAGCCUGAUUCUCAAUCCCAAGAAAACAAAGCCUAUGAUUGUGGGAACGCGGUGCUACUUAAACAAUUUAAAGUAUGAAGCAUUGCAGCACAUCAAUGUCCAAGGAACCGUGAUUGGGUACGUUGACUCAGUGGAAUACUUGGGCAUCCUUAUAAUGGACACACUCUCAUGGGAGGAGCAAGUACAAAGAACAGUCUCAAAAGUAAACUCGGCUCUCUACCAACUGAAACUAAGCAAACAUCUUCUGCCAAUCACCAUACGACAUUUUUAUUAGCAGAUCAAGGAUAUGAUGUGUGGGUUGGAAAUAUGAGAGGGAAUAGUUACUGCAGAUCACAUGUGAAUAUGACGAUAUACGAUCCCAAAUUCUGGCAGUAUAGCUUUCACGAGGGUGGAACAAAAGAUCUGCCGGUCAUGUUAAGUUACAUUCUCAAUUAUACAAGGCAAAAAGAUUUAUAUUAUAUUGGUCAUUCAAUGGGAACAACGUCGUUAUUUGCUCUUUUGUCAUCAAAACCGGAAUACAAUAUGAAAUUAAAAGUGGCCAUUUGCCUGGGUCCAGCUGCUUUUAUUUUAUUUAUUCAAAUGAUUCCAAUGAGCAUUCGAAUAAGU